UAGCAAGUCCAAAAGCCAGACUUUUCCCUGUGGUCUGUAAUAAUUUCAUUUAAUUUCAUAGUAUGUUAUCUUUUGUUGUUCUGUAUCAAUUUAAGACUGGAGAAACUCUUAAGACUGUCUGGUCUAAGCCCUUGUCUCGGACAAGAAUUCCCCAUUGGUCCUGCGUCCAUCAGUGUUGGUGUGCCAAAGUUUCAGCAGCUCCUGGCAUGCUGGGGCUUCAGCGUCAUUUGGAGCCUUUCAGCUGUAAUUUUUAAUUAGAUCCCCCUUAGAUGUUCUGUAAGAAGAUUUUGAGUGUAGCUCAAGUCCUCUUGGCUGAGUGCUCUUGGACUGUGGUACAACAUGAGCACAGCUGCUUAGUAGGUGUAGGGAAUUUGGCUGGUGCUUAAUCUUGGAGUCUGGAGGGGAGAGAGAUUGUUUUAUAACCCUCAUAAAUCUCCUGCUAUUGCUUUCUGAAUUAGUUUCUGUUUUGUGAGACUCCUAUAGGCAGGGGACUGUGCUAUGCUGGGGGCAGAGGAAUCUCCUUUGCAGAGAUGGAGAAUGAGGUGUGUCAGGACUUUGGGCCAGUUUUUGUCUGUGCCCUGUGUCGAUGGUGGGUGAUGCUUUUGUUGCAUCUCCUGGCCUCAUCCCAGAUGCUUGAGUCCUGACAAUCCUUUGAUUUUAAGACUGAACAAGGAGUACAGAAUUUGUUCCACAUCUCACCAGAGAUACUGUGUGUCAGAAGAAGGGAGGAAGGAUCCUCUUUGUCAGUGUGGAAGCAGGAGUCUUACCUAUCCUGUAUGGAGACUGGCAGGAAAAUGAUAAGCACUGAAGAAUGAUUUUGGAAACCUAUGUGGAUUUGGAGCCAGAAGGCAAAGUGUUUGUUGUCAUAACUCUCUCAGGAAACUUCACAGAAGGGACUCUGCAGAGGGACCGGAUCUUUAAGAACCUCACUCGGAAGCGGCAGCGGGCCAUGCGAAGGCGGGUGCACCAGGUGAACGGGCACAAGUUCAUGGCCACCUACCUGCGACAGCCCACCUACUGCUCUCACUGCAGGGAAUUCAUCUGGGGCGUGUUUGGGAAGCAGGGAUACCAGUGCCAAGUGUGCACCUGUGUUGUACACAAGCGCUGCCAUCACCUCAUUGUCACAGCUUGCACGUGCCAAAACAAUACUAGCAAGAACGAUCUCAAGGUGGCUGAACAGAGGUUUGGGAUCAACAUUCCUCAUAAAUUCGGCAUCCACAACUACAAAGUCCCGACGUUCUGUGACCACUGCGGCUCCUUGCUCUGGGGGAUCAUGCGACAGGGUCUGCAGUGUAAAAUCUGUAAAAUGAACGUCCACAUCCGAUGCCAAGCAAAUGUUGCUCCAAACUGUGGGGUGAACUCAGCAGAGCUUGCCAAAACCUUGGCCUGCAUGGGUCUGCAGCCAGGAAGCAUUUCCCCAAAUUCAAAACUGGUGUCCAAAUCUACAUUGAAACAUCAGGGAAAAGACACCCUGAAGGAUGGCAACACCAUUACUGAAAUUUCAGCAAGCAAACUCGGGAUCAAAGACUUAACCUUCCUUCGUGUGUUGGGAAAGGGGAGCUUUGGAAAGGUGAUGCUUGCCAAGAUGAAAGAGAGUGGGCAGCUGUAUGCUGUCAAGGUGCUGAAGAAGGAUGUCAUUCUCCAGGAUGAUGACGUUGAGUGCACCAUGACUGAGAAACGCAUCCUCUCCUUAUCCAGGAACCACCCCUUCCUCACCAAGCUCUUCUGCUGCUUCCAGACUCCUGAUCGCCUGUUCUUUGUGAUGGAGUUUGUCAACGGCGGGGACUUGAUGUUCCACAUCCAGAAGUCGCGGCGCUUCGACGAAGAUCGGGCCCGGUUCUACGCUGCCGAAAUUAUUUCAGCCCUCAUGUUUCUCCAUAGCAGAGGCAUCAUUUACCGGGACUUGAAGCUGGACAAUGUGCUGCUGGACUACGAGGGGCACUGCAAGCUGGCAGACUUUGGAAUGUGCAAAGAGGGCAUUCAUGAUGGCAUCACCACAGCCACCUUCUGUGGCACACCAGACUACAUCGCUCCAGAGAUCCUGCAGGAGAUGCUGUAUGGCCCUGAUGUGGACUGGUGGGCCAUGGGAGUGCUGCUGUACGAGAUGCUGUGCGGCCACGCGCCCUUCGAGGCCGAGAACGAGGACGACCUCUUCGAGGCCAUUCUGAACGAUGAAGUUGUCUACCCAACGUGGCUGCAGCAGGAUGCAGUGGCAAUCCUCAAAGCAUUCAUGACAAAGAACCCCACGAUGCGGCUGGGCAGCGCCGGGCUGGGCGGCGAGAGCGCGAUCCUGCGGCACCCCUACUUCAAGGAGCUGGACUGGGACCUGCUGAACCAGCGGCAGAUGGAGCCCCCCUUCAGGCCCCGCAUUAAAUCCAAAGAUGACGUGAGCAACUUUGAUCCAGAUUUUAUAAAAGAAGAGCCCAUCCUGACCCCCAUUGAAGAAGGGAUCCUUGCAAUGAUAAACCAGGAUGAAUUUAGACACUUUUCAUUCACCAACCCAGAUAUGCUGGAAUAGCUAUGGCUCUGGAGAAAGGCUGAUGAGAGGACUGGGAGGAAAUUAAAUGAAAACCAAGUUUACCAGUAAUUUCAUUCUCAAGGAGUAGCAGUGCACUGACUGGCAUGAUACAGCAGCACCACUGUCAGUGUUACCUUAAUGUGAAAUUGAAACCUUCCUUUGUUUGUAGGGCUUCUGCAGCUCUUGGAUCAAAUAUUGACAGAGCUGGAACAAACAUGAUAUUGUAAAUAGCUGAUGCAGACAGAGCAUUAGAUGCUGAGCUGGUUGGCUCAGCCUGAGUGUCACAGCUUGCAGUGGAUUCAAGGAGUCGGCUUGAGCGUGGAACAAGUGUCUUGCAGCCCUGAGCCAAACAGACUUGUUACAAUGCUGAUUGUUUUUGCAAGACUCUUUUGAGGAGUCCCAGCACUGUCCAGCGUUUUGGAGACGUCAUCCAGCAUCCCAUGGCCUGACUGAACCAGAUGUUCCUACUGACUUUACCUGUUUCCUGCAGUAUUUAUUUCUUUCCGAAGCACAAAUGGCUCUUUUUGACACUGUUUGGGUUCCCAUGUGAAAUAUUUCAUUGUGCUGACUAGCAGAAGGAAAAAAAAAACAAAUGCCCUGUGCCCCACACAGAUUCUUCCAAAUCAAAGGGAAGUCAUGUGCUUGUAGUGUUUUACUCUUUGUGUGUGUUGAAAAGUUUUAGUGUUUGCAUUCUGUGAAAUGCCUUUUUACAUCAUGCAUCUUCAAUGCUCCUUUCUUUGCCUCCCAGCUGUUUUCAACUAUAAUGUAACUUGUUGUACUGUUUAUUUAGGCCCUUUCUAUUUAAUUAUGUUCCACAGAGCCCCUUUUGUGGGUUUAGUGCCUCAUUAAAAUUUUGAUCCAAAGUGGUAGCGCUUAAA